AUGGGCAAACCUCGCCUCAUCAUCCUCAUCCGCCAUGCGCAGUCCGAAGGCAACAAGAACCGCGCCAUCCACCAAAUGGUGCCGGAUCACCGGGUGAAGCUGACGGAUGAAGGCUGGAAACAGGCAGAAGAUGCAGGCCAACGACUUCGCCACCUCCUCCGCCCCGACGACAGCCUACAAAUCUUUACCUCCCCGUAUCGCCGCGCGCGGGAAACGACGGAAGGCAUCCUCCGCACCUUGACUGCGCACAACACCUCCGACAGCCCGUCACCUUUCAGCAAACAUCGCAUAAAAGUGUAUGAAGAGCCGCGACUGCGUGAGCAAGACUUUGGCAAUUUCCAACCUGAUAGCGCGGCAAUGGAACGCAUGUGGCAAGAGAGGGCAGACUAUGGGCAUUUCUUCUAUCGCAUACCCAAUGGUGAAUCCGCGGCGGAUGCAUAUGAUCGCGUGAGCGGGUUCAACGAGUCGUUGUGGAGACAAUUUGGGGAGAAGGAUUUUCCCAGCGUCUUGGUGCUGGUAUCUCAUGGACUCAUGUGUCGCGUCUUCCUCAUGAAGUGGUACCAUUGGUCGGUGGAGUACUUUGAGGACCUGCGAAACGUCAAUCACUGCGAGUUCAUCAUCAUGAAGAAGAAUCCGGAAUCGGGCAAAUACGCAUUGGAGAAUAAUCUGCGAACCUGGUCGGAGCUGAAGCGACAGCGACAGGAACAGGAGGCCGCUAAGAACAAUCCUUCCAGACGAAACACGCUCUCUGCCUUCUUGAAGGAGCCUGAGGAACCCCCGAGUGUACCGACUCAUCAAUGGGCAGAGCAGAACACCAAUGUCCCCUUGCUGGAACAACAGCUUCAACAGUCACAAACCCCUUCAUCCCCAGCCGUCAUCACAACUGCCGCCCACAGCAGUACGAACGACAGAGACGAUCAUCCCCUAGGCAGUGAAGCAGCGCCCACAAGUGCCUCCACAGACGGUGCAACGGAUACCUCCAACUUCACCAAUCCUUUCCCUUCAAAAGCUGCCCUUCCCAUCCGCCCCCUCCCACCACACCUCGCUUCCGAAACUUCCAAACUUCCCCGCCCAGGACCGUCAGGGACCUCGACCCCGCACGAAAUGCCCUCAGACGAGGAAAACGACUACUUCCCCGCGGCGAACAAAACACAAACGGCCGUCUCGCCCAAAGGAAGCGCUCCGAAAACGGGCCACGACAUACUAGCCGCUUCCCUCCGCCAGGCUCCGGAACGUAAACCCACGCCAGAAGAUAUUGAGCGUUGGGUUGGGGAGAGUGGGAUGGGGACGGGCAAACAUGCGGAUGCGCUGGGUGAUGAGCCGGAUCCUGAGGCGGAUGAGCGAAAGGUUGAGAGGGAGUUGCGGGAGCAGCGGAGACGAGAGGAGGGAGUGAAGGGGAAUGUGUAUUGA